AUGUACAUGACGCAUAUUGGUAUUGCUGCCGUUGCUGCUGAUAAGACUGUUAUCGCUGGUGCUGCUAUUGAAUGUUGGAAUGACUUACGCAGUUUUAAUAAUCCGAAAGAGUUCUUAUCUGUUGAUCGAUUUGGGGAUAAAGUAUGUUUGAUAGACAGCGCUAUUGGAAAAUACUGCUUACUGAAUGUUAGAGAAAGUGGACAGACCCAGAGACUCUGCAAGACCUGCGGGUUUUCUGUAUACGGCGUGACUGGAAAAUUGGCUGUACCAUUGCCAACCUAUAUCGCUGCUAGGAAAGAUGGUAUAAAUGUGACGUAUGGAGUAUCGCCUAGGCAAACCCUUUCUAUGAGCAACUUGAAUCCCAUGGUUUCUACAGUGAUAGCGAUUAAUAGCUGCUGCGCUCUUGUCGCCUGUGAUGAUAAGAUAUGUAUCCAUUUUCCAAAAACGGUACUGCGUUUGUUCGAAUUUCAAUAG